ACGAUACAACUCCACAACUUCUGUAGCACGGCGCACGGACCUUUUGCCAAGUGUUGUCUUUGAUGGAAGUGGUGGAGGCGGUGGCGGCUUUAUUGCUGUAGAUUGUUCUUUGACCGUUGGCUUCAGGCGAGCCACUUCUUGACGCAGCUCGUGAUUUUCCUUCUCCAGCUUAUCGUUCUUCAUUAGAGAAGCUUGAAGCUCCUUCACCAGACGCAUAAGAUCCGAAUCAUCCUCACCAUUUGACUAAGUUAAAAGAUCCUCUGGCCCGCAAAUAAGUCAGAGAAAUUGGAGUCACAAGAUGGUGUACUGAAGUAUUAAACAUGAGUUCACGAAAAAAAAAACACACACACAAAGGAAACAUGAAUCACCUCUAAAGGCAUUUAUUGUGGCUUUGUGAAUUUUUGAGAUUCUCUGCCUCUGAAGCAAAGCCAUGGAUCGAUCCCAACAGAACACACACGCGAAACUCAUGACACGUGACAUCCACCGCCUGAGACCAUCACCGACAGAAGCCAACUGUUUCUCCCUGGGAUGUAUCUCGUGGGUCUCACGCGUAGAGACAGUGGGCACGAUUGUCUCUCGCGACAUGGCCGAGAAGUUCCUCAAGUUCAGCAUUGACGAUGGCACUGGCUGCGUCACGUGCAUCAUGUGGCUCAACCAACUCACGUCUCCUUACUUCAGCCGCUUCGACUCAUCGACGAUUCUGCUGCACUCAAGAACCGCUCGUAGACAAGCAAGAGACAUCAGAAUCGGAGCCGUAGCUCGCGUUCGUGGCCGCGUCGGCUUGUACAGAGGAGGUAUGCAGAUCACGGCGACUAAUGUGGUCAUCGAGAGAGACCCGAACGCUGAGAUCUUGCACUGGUUGGAGUGUGUUAGGCUUAGUCGAAACUGUUAUCGAAUUCAAAGUUAAUUAUGUAAUUAAGAGAAGAUGAUUUCAACUGUAACUCGUGGUUUAAGUCUUAUCAUUCAUCUCUGAUGUCUAGUUUCUUCGCCUGUGUUGAAAUUGAAACUCGAACUUAUAACCCCUUAAGUUCUAACUUUUGAACA